GUCGUAAACCACAGCGAGUUUCUGGUUCACUCGUAGGAGUCUGCCUCAGGCUGCUGAUGGGAACAACGUCUUCGCUGGUAUCGCGGGAACGGGACCUUCCCGACAGCUUCCACGCUGAUCGCCGCGAAAUCUAGAACCUUCGUGUCAUCUCAUAUGCAGUGGAGGGGUGGAGAUGGGCGUGAAAUCCGGGGCUGACGAAUGGUGAGGAAGGCUGUGGUUUGGGUUCGCGUUGACAGGAGAAGGGGGCCACGCUUCGGUUUUUGGGGCGUCGUCAUGGGGAUGGUAGGUUCAGCACACGAGGUUAACCGUUUGCUGGAAUGGCAGUGUACCUAUGAAUCGUGCAAACAACAACAACAACCAACUGCAGCUACAUGUAGCCAGGCCACGCCAAGGUGACUGAGUUUGGACUUCUAAAGGAGGUUAGAGCAGUCGAAUCCACCGUUAGCGAGCAGGCAAUUGGAGCUGUCUUCCUGUGGCUCUCGGGUUGCGUUGUGGAUGGGGAAUCACUAGAGAUGCAGCCUUUUCUGCCCGGGGUUAUGGCAACGGAGUCUUCGGCAAGCGUCACGACGGCUGCUACUGCUGCGGGUGGGACAGCGUCGGCGGCGUCAACGGCAUCGGAGAGGGGACGUGCGACAUCGUCGAGUUCUGUCGCCAGGCCACUUACGUUCUCGAUAGCAAAGAUUAUGGAGCCGGACAGACGAGUUCCGGAGCCAGCACUCUCGUUCCCACGGCUUCCUUACCCCGUCAACAUCGAUUCAGCGUUUAAGAAGUACGUGCCCGCGUUCCGCCCUCAGGACUUACUACACCAGUAUCCGCUACUGUAUUAUCAUCCGAACCAUCUUCUGAGGGUGUCUUAUCCGAGCGCUCCUGGAACGACGUCCUGUAGCGUUCCAGUAGGUCCUACGCCCAUCACUGUGCCGACGACCGAAUCCAGCCCCAUCAGCGCCAAGACGCCUCUCCCGGGAGCUGUCGCUGCCUCCGGUUCUGAGCACAAGGUCACCACGGCUUCUGGCCCACUGUCCCCAAAGCCACAAGCGUCGCUGUCGCACCAGCAGCGGGAGUCACCUGACCGCCUGAGCAAACGACCUGCUUCUAGUGCGACCGCUGCAGCCAAGCAGAAGAGUUUCACGUGUCCCGAAUGUGGCAAAGUUUUCAACGCGCAUUACAACCUCACAAGGCACAUGCCUGUGCACACAGGCGCCCGGCCGUUCGUGUGCAAGAUAUGUGGGAAAGGCUUUCGACAGGCGUCCACUCUGUGUCGACACAAGAUCAUCCACACGGCGGAAAAACCGCACAAGUGUCAAACAUGCGGCAAGGCUUUCAACCGUAGUUCAACGCUGAACACGCACACGAGAAUUCACGCAGGUUACAAGCCAUUCAUAUGCGAAUUCUGCGGGAAGGGAUUUCACCAAAAGGGUAACUAUAAGAACCAUAAACUGACGCAUAGUGGCGAAAAGGCCUACAAAUGCAACAUAUGUAACAAAGCAUUUCAUCAGAUCUACAACCUUACAUUUCACAUGCACACUCACAACGACAAGAAACCAUUUACGUGUAAAAUCUGCGGGAAAGGUUUCUGUAGAAACUUUGAUCUCAAAAAGCACAUGAGGAAACUACACGAGGCGAGUGGAAGUGGCAGUUCUCUGGCACAGGUGCCACCCCCGCCUUUCCCCAGUGUGCCCCCAGCAGGCAGUCACGCGUUCAUUGCCCCGUUCUUGCUACCGCCCCCGGGACCCGCGUACAUCUCGAAGAUCUUGUGACCCAGCCACGGCUACUGCAGUGUGCGAGCAAGCAGCUCCAUGCCGCUCCUCACGGCCCCCUCCGGCGUCGCAGGACCUAGUCUGCACGCGGCAUGCCACGUCCUGAGUGCAAGAAGCAGGAGGCUCGCAGGUCAAAGUAGGGCAAACUUCAAUUGAUGUGCCCACUCGCUGCAUAAUAAAGGGUUCGAAAUUUCUUCACGAAGCCACAACCAGUACACAGUAGAUCUUCACUUAAAGUGUCGAGAAUGUUCUGGCUCUGCUGACAACGGGAAAAGAGAGUUUCAAGAAGAUGGCUUGUCUUCUGGGGUGUUGCGCCGUGUAGUCUGGUAGAAGUUUACCAAACUUACUCGGCGCCGUGAAAACUUCAAAUCCUACUAAAGAAUCCCCACUUACAGUGGCAAUAAUCUUGGUCAGAAUUAGCCUGUCAACAUGUUUAUGUUUCACCAUUAUUUUCCGCUUACUGUACAAUUCAACCAACCCCACGGAAAUUUAUGAGAAGAAUCAGGAACAUAACAGUCUCUUGGUUUAGCGGGUUGCGUUUCUGUCCUGCGAAUAACAACACCAAAUUGACAGUAUAAAAUUAGUGUAGGGUAGACGAGGAAUCUUUGGCAAAUCGGGCGUACGAGUGUGAAUUGGAUUCAUCUGACUCACGACCCGGACUUUUUUUUAGGGCUGUCGUUAACGAAGUGAUGAAACUUUUGGUUCCACAACAGACGGAUAUUUCUUGAUCAGCUGAGCGACUUAAAGUUUCUCAUGAAGAACUCUGGUUCAUGGAGUUAUUAUAGCUAUAUUUAAUUAUAAAACACAAACAUGACGCAUUUAAACUUUAAACUUAUUAUAGCUUAUUUCAGCAACUCAGUAUGAAGCUCUACUGUGUACAUCGGAAUGUUGCGCAAUGUUGUAACAAGGCUUUGGAAACAAACUGUAGACCCGCGCAAGAAAUCGGCGUUCACUUGUUAUUGUUUCUAUAUUACUCAGUAUAACUGAUAAAGUUUAGAAAACAAAAUUUUGCAUAAGAAUUUCGUCUGACACUACAAUGCCCUGUGUUCCUUGUUUGAUGUAAACUUAACGUGGCGCCAAAGCGUCUUCAUUCUCACCACAGCAAAAACCUCAAAUCUCAAAUGAUCCGCACUGCUGAAUUUAAGACAGAAAAUAGUGCAUUAUUGUCACUAUUGUUCUUCUGACGCGCAUUCUAAAGUUAAAACCAUAACAUCGGCUUCGUACUGAGACAUGCGACGGCAGUCAAAGUUGGUCGUGUUUCCUGAAAAGCGCUGUUUUGGUGACUUGAAAGACAAAAUUGUUCUCUGCAGUAAAUACAACAUAUUCCACAGCGAAAAAUUCCAGACGACUGUUUCAAAGAAUAUUACGUCCAGUUCUCUUGCACACAUGACGAAAUUCGAAACACUGCGGAUAUUUUCAUACCAUCAAAUCGGUUUUAUCUCACUCAGAAAUUAAAGUUCCAUGAUUGUACUCCGUUACAAAGUUUUUACAAAACUAGAAAAUGGAUCUUCCUCGGUCAAUGCGCUAUAUUGCCAUAGCAAGCCCUAGGAAGUAGUCCAGCUCACGAGGAACUGCAUAAGGACAAAUUGGGAUGCGUUGAAAAAUCACUCUGCAUUUUCGAAUAUUACAGAAUUAAAAUCAUAUAUGCAUUUACCUUCCUUAAUUUAUAAUAUUAUUUCGUUAACUAAAUUGAAUUAUAUUUUCUAUGAGAAAUAUUAGAAUGAUAGACUAUACCUUUAUUAUUUUAAUUAAUUCCCAUGGGAAUAUCCCAUCAAUGUCGUAGAACUUAAUGUCGGGAAGGUAAUUCCGAUAUCAACCGGUCAUUUACAUUGUUAAUAUUAUUCAAGUCAUACGCUGAAUGACAUAUUCGUCGUCAAUGCAUAACUGCAGGAGAUUAUUCACAUACAGCAAAUGCGUGCACAGUCAGCGGGCCGAGAGGAGAGGUCGUGAGGGGUAGGUGACUGACGGGCCUUUUAGAACUUUUGGAAGGACCUAUGACAUAAUAGGCGGUACGGCCUGCUGUUUGGUCACAGAUUGUAAAGGCACCAGGGGUCACAAGCAGUCUGCGGGGUGCAGGAUGCAGCAGGGGACUCAACUCUCUGUACCAUUGUGGUAACGGAUUAAAUGUUUUCUUGCUUCAACCAUCCGGAAAAGCCUCCCAGAGCAAGACUUCUACUAGUCCCUUCCAACUUACGGCGGUGUUGAAUGAGGAAGUUCCUGUGUGAGCAUGUUGGAACCUUCAACAUGUUAAUUCAAUUUAGUCACGGAGUUGGCGCGAGAAGACCAAAGAUUUUAAUACAAAUGUGAGUGCAAUACAUAGACGAAUACGGAUUGUGAAUAUCAGAGUACGAAAAAUUUAAAUUAUAUAUAUAUAUAUAUAAUAUAUAAUACAGAUAAUGUGUUUUAUAUUAAUAGAACUUAAAAUUAAGAAUUUGAUGUUGAAUUAUAUAUAAAUAUGAUUCGAUUGAUAGUGCAUACGCUUUGUGAAAAGUGCUCAUAUUUUUCAAUAUGAAGAAAGCGACAUGUUUAAUUUGUGAUGGACAAUGGAACACAUGUUGGAAUUAACUCUCACGUUAGUUCUUUAUUGUAAAAGAAGAGAAUUGGUGAAUGUGUUUCAUUGUAUGUUCCACGUUACUCUACUUUUCCAUGAAAGAUGUUGUAUGCUAUCAUAGAAGAAACAAAGUUGGCAAAUUGUUUCCCUUAGGCUUGUAGGCCCUAUCAACUGUGUAACUCUGAAUAAUGUCGCUGUGUACUUCUCUCGGACGGCGAUAAGAAGUACUGCAGUGCCACCAAUCAGAGAUGGACAUAACUAUCAAUAAAUACCAUUGUUUAUAAAAAUGUCCUGAUUUUUUCCCAACUUUAAUAAUAAAUAUGAAGACGUGCGGUGUUCUGGGUUGUGACGUAGCGUACUCCUGUAGAUGGUUACAUACGAUCAUACGAAGACGUUGUUAAACACCUACAAGACUACGGAAUCACAAACCAGAAGGCUACAAAUGCCAUUUCCGCCUACGUGAAGCUGAAAUCUCAGAAUUUAUUUAUAGUUUCAGAAGUUAAUUCUGCAUUCAAACAGGCCAAAUGUCUAAUCCAUAUAGCCAUUUUACAAUUUUCUUUGUAUAUUCCAUACAACCAUGCCUAAAGCAAAG